AUGCCACGCUCACCCGUGCUCUUCCUGCUGCUCCUUCUGCUGCAGCCGCAGCCGGCACCGGGCCUCAGGCUCCGCGGCGCGGGCGGCCAGAGCCCCGAGUGCUAUCCGUGCCGGCCGGAGCGCUGUCCCGAGCCCGCGCGCUGUCCCGCGCCCAGCAUCGCGGCGCGCGACGAGUGCGGCUGCUGCGCGCGCUGCCUCGGCGCCGAGGGCGCGAGCUGCGGGGGGUGGGCCGGCGCGCGCUGCGGCCCCGGGCUGGUGUGCGCGAGCCGCGCCGCGGGGGCCGAGCCCGAGGGCACUGGGCUCUGCGUGUGCGCGCAGCGCGGCGCCGUCUGCGGCUCCGACGGCCGCUCGUACCCCAGCGUUUGCGCGCUGCGCCUGCGCGCCCGGCAGGUGCCCCGCGCGCACCACGGCCACCUGCACAAGGCGCGGGACGGACCCUGCGAAUUUGCUCCUGUGGUCAUCACUCCACCCCAGAAUGUUCACAACGUCACCGGGGCACAGGCGUCCCUGUCCUGUGAGGUGAGAGCUGUGCCUGCCCCAGUUGUCACAUGGAGGAAGGUCACACGGUCUCCUGAGGGCACCCAGGUGCUGAAGGACCUGCCUGGGGACCACGUCAAUAUAGCUGUCCACGUGCAAGGGGGCCCUUCUGACCACGCAGCCACAGCCUGGGUUUUGAUCAACCCUCUGAGGAAGGAAGACGAGGGGGUGUACCAGUGCCAUUCAGCCAACGCGGUAGGGGAGGCCCAGUCGCACAGCACAGUCACCGUGGUGGAUCGGAGCCAGUACAGAGCCGCCCGCUUCCCGGGUCCAGAUGACCACAUGUGAGGGGGGUCUUAGAAACAUUGAUUACAGGACGAUGGAAAAGUCAAGUCAUGGAUCUUUUUUGCUUUGUGAAGAAUUGGAAGAACUGUGUUUGUAGAUAACCACUUUUGUAUGUUUUUAAAAAUUAGAUGCAAACUAGAUUCGUAUACAGAUGUAGUUUUUAGCAGGGCAAACACUGGGAAGACAGACUGCAUGUAGCCUUUUUAUACUUCUGAAAUGAAUA